UGCUCGGAGAUCUGGGGAGAAGUCGUCGCCCGCAGUGUCGUCAUCGUGGUUUGACGUUUCUGAGAAAGGGGUCGCGAGCGAACUGAUCCCUCUCUGGUUUUUCUGCUCUCCCGCCGUCGCCAUUUGCAUUGAUUCCGGUGAGAGAUUUUUUUUUUUCUGGGUCCUUCACGACCUGGAGGUGAAAACUGCGGAAGGCCGAGAGAUGGACACAUUUUCAGGAAUAAUACAGGAAGAGCCAUCAUAAAACAUCUAGGCCUGAAAGUCGAGCACAGACCCUGUUUGGAUCAAGUCAGUUCCCUGAGCCUGAACGAUGACUGCUGAAUCAAGGGAAGCCACGGGGCUGUCCCCCCAGGCCGCACAGGAAAAGGAUGGUAUUGUGAUAGUGAAGGUAGAAGAGGAAGAUGAGGAAGACCACAUGUGGGGGCAGGAUUCCAGCCAACAGGAGACACCUCCUCUGGACCCAGAGAUAUUCCGCCAACGUUUCAGGCACUUCUGUUACCAGAACACAUUUGGGCCUCGAGAGGCUCUGAGUCGACUGAAGGAACUUUGUCAUCAGUGGCUGCGACCGGAAAUAAACACCAAGGAGCAGAUCCUAGAGCUGCUGGUGCUGGAGCAGUUCCUUUCCAUUCUGCCCAAGGAGCUCCAAGUCUGGCUGCAGGAAUACCGCCCUGAUAGUGGAGAGGAGGCUGUGACCCUUUUAGAAGACUUGGAGCUUGAUUUGUCAGGACAGCAGGUCCCGGGUCAAGUUCAUGGACCUGAGAUGCUCGCAAGGGGGCUGGUGCCUCUGGAUCCAGUUCAGGAGUCCUCGAGCUUUGACGUUCAUCAGGAGGCCACCCAGUCCCAUUUCAAACAUUCAUCUCGGAAACCCCGCCUCUUACAAUCACGGGCUGCCCCUGCCACUCACGUUCCUGCCCCUCCUCAUGAGGGGAGUCCCAGAGACCAGGCGAUGGCAUCUGCACUGUUCACAGCAGAUUCCCAGGCAAUGGUGAAGAUCGAGGAUAUGGCCGUAUCCCUCAUCCUGGAGGAAUGGGGAUGUCAGAACCUGGCUCGGAGGAACCCCAGUAGGGACAACAGGCAGGAGAAUUAUGGGAACGUGUUUUCCCAGGGUUCUGAAAAGAGGAAUGAGAAAGAGGAGUCAACCUCAAAGGCUGAGGUCUCAGAAGACGUAGCAUCACGUGGGGAGACAGCAGGGAGAGUCCAAAAAGAGCUUGGAGAGAAACGUGAACAGCAGGGCAAAGUAGUGGAAAAGCAGCAGAAAAACCCUGAGGAGAAAACUGGAAAAGAGAAGAGGGAUUCAGUGCCAGCCACAGUCAAGGUAAAAAAAAACACCACAGGAGAGAGAGGUCCAAGGGAGAAGGGUAAAGGAUUGGGAAGAAGCUUCAGUCUGAGUUCAAACUUUACUACCCCUGAAGAAGUUCCGACGGGAACAAAGUCUCACAGAUGUGAUGAAUGUGGUAAAUGCUUCACAAGAAGUUCAAGCCUUAUUCGCCAUAAAAUAAUCCACACUGGAGAAAAGCCCUAUGAAUGUAGUGAGUGUGGGAAAGCCUUCAGUCUUAACUCAAACCUUGUCCUACAUCAGAGAAUCCACACAGGAGAAAAACCUCACGAAUGUAACGAGUGUGGCAAGGCCUUCAGUCAUAGUUCAAAUCUUAUCCUACAUCAGCGCAUCCACUCUGGAGAGAAACCUUAUGAAUGUAAUGAGUGUGGGAAGGCCUUCAGCCAGAGCUCAGACCUUACUAAACAUCAGAGAAUCCACACAGGGGAGAAACCCUAUGAAUGUAGCGAAUGUGGAAAAGCUUUCAACCGAAACUCAUACCUUAUUUUGCAUCGGAGAAUUCACACUCGAGAAAAGCCCUAUAAGUGCACUAAGUGUGGCAAGGCCUUCACCCGGAGCUCGACCCUCACUCUGCACCACAGAAUCCAUGCCAGAGAGAGAGCCUCUGAGUACAGCCCAGCCUCCCUUGAUGCAUUUGGGGCAUUCCUGAAAAGUUGUGUGUAAAGCAAGAAUUUGUCAUCAAACCAUUCCCCCUUUUGUUUCUAAAAUUGUUUCAGAGAUGUGUGCCCACGGAGGGAAAAUGAAACAGCCUCAACAGAUUUUUUUUUUUUAAAUCACAUGUAAGGAUCCUUAGAGUUACAUCAGCAGUGUUCGGCCUUUGUGUAGUCUGCGGGCAGGCAAUUCUUCCACACGGCCCCUGCAGGGAAAAGCUAGUCAUAUGGGUAGUUCACAUGCUAUUUCCACACAAGGUAAAAGCACACGCAUAGGAAAAUGUCAAGCUUUUCAGUAAUGAGGAUACCUUUAAGGCCCUAUUAGACUCUUAGCAAUCACAACAUAAAAUUGAAAGAUGGAGAUUGGCUCCAUGAACAUGAUACUGAGGUUAAGAAGCUACUUGCUACAAAUAAGCCCUACUUGGCCAACAUCUUGCUUAUUUCUCAAAAAAGAGGGACAGUUAAAAACUACAUUGGGACAUGCUGCUCAAGCUAGUUAUAUACGAUAAGUUUUAUAUAUGAUCACUGGUAGCCUACCAAAGCUAUAGAAAUCGAGGACUGUGCUAAUCAGUAUCAAACCAAAGAUUUCUAUCUCUUCCCGAAAGAGAGGGUAAGUGCACCAGUCUACAGUUCCAAAGGACUGCAACAAAUGUAGAUGGUUCUAUCCUCAUCACUGAGAUCAAUUCUACUGAAAUGGCAACAAUGAUUAAAACAAUUCUCUCCCUUGAAAUCCCUAAAGCACUAUAGCACUCCUAAAUGCAUUUCUCCACAAGUUAGCACUUGAUUGUGUACUGUCUUUUAAUCCUUCAUUGUUUCAUGUAUGAAGUUUUUGUCACUCCCUCCCCCAAAAGAGAUGCUUCAAUUGUCAAGGGAUAUAUUUCUAUCCCUGACAGCACAGCACUGGACAUAAUGCUGAACACGUAAGAGGCACUCAUUAUGACUGACUUCUAGCAGGACUUUUACAUUUAUGAUAAAGCCCUGUGAAUUAUGAGUACCUGAAAUAUGGUAGCCUGGCCCACCUUUUAAAGAGGACAUUCAGAACCACAAGACAUGCUAAACCUUUAGGGUCUGAUGCUAUUUAGGUCCCAAAUAUAAAUGACAGGCACUUGUUAGCUGCCUGCAUAGACUUUCUAAACCUGGAUCAGUAAGUAAAUACCAUGAAAUGUCAGAAAUGACUCCUGUCAUCAUCAUCUUAAAGAAGAAAAAUAUGAACACUGACUAAGGUCAUUUUUUGACAUCUUUCAAUGGCAGAGAUCUUAACCAGAAUUCUCUUCAGUCACCUGCUGAACAAUAUGAUGACUUGGGCACUAUCUGAAUCAUUUGUAACUUGGUAGAGUUCAGAAGAUGUGAUUUUUGUUGAUUUUCAGAAAAGAGAAAGUUGUGGGGGGCAUUUUUUCCCACACUUUUCCAGAAACUUUGCAAAAGCAUUAGUCAUUACCUGGCGAUUACUAAACAUAUUUUGUUGCUCUGAGACCUUCACCAGCAUACUAAGAUGUGGUUGGUUAUAUCAUUGUCAUAGUGCACAGUGUCUUUUCUGUUUCUCGUCGCUAAAGACUGAAGUGAGGUUAUGAAAGUAAUCUUUCCCAUCAUCUGUGCAGGAGGAUGCAGUUGGCUACCUAGAAGCUAAUGGUAGAAACUCUUUCACACAUACAGGAGACCCAAGUAUUGUGGGCUAUGUAGGUAGCCAUCAAGAACUUGGGUAGAGAUGGCUCUGCCCAUGAGAGCAUCAAAUGAUUGUGGACAGCCCUGCAGAAACUUAGAAACAUAGACUAAGAACAAACCUGAAGAUUAUCCGUGUGGCCACCCCAUAAUGGAAGAACCCCACCAACAGCUUGAGAUUUUCCCUUAAGAAACAGUACUAAAACUAUCAUCAGUUGUUCACUGACCAACAGCUAAAAAGUCCAUGCAACAGCGUGGUUUUAAUGCAGAACCAGUGAGGUAGGGACAAAUGUGGCCUCAGCUCCAGACCAAACUAAAAUUCUGCACAGCAGUCAUUCUUUGGCCUCUCUGGCUUUAUUACUUGGACCAAGCACAACUUCCCUAUAGCUUCUAAGCAGUUCCAUCAGUGUUGCCUGGGAAAACUUAAAGUGGUAAGUCAACCAGUCAUCAGAAUAUUUCUACCUAUCCAACUGAAGAAAAACCGAAGAGAUACCCAGAAGAGUAUAGCUAAGUAACUUUCAUAGUAAAAUGGAGGUAGGUUUGCUUUAAGGAUUUUCUUCAAAGAAGGAGCCACAGUAAUGGUUGCAUAGAAAAUUGCUGGUGCUUUUGAGCAAGGACUUUUGCCCACUAGAAAGCAACUAAAAGUGGGUUGCAUGACUCCAGGCUCCUCUCCAAGCGCUGACUUUGUUCUUAAGAGGGAAGCGUCUUUGGCCAGUUCCACACUGGCCUCUUUGUAGCCACAACUACAUGCUGAUAUGAUUCAGCCAUCAUUUUGGGGUUUUGUUUUUAAAUAGAAAUUAAAUAUGACAUGGGUCCCCACAUUCAGUUCCCAUUUUAUUGGGACAUCUUACUAUGUUGGAUAGCCACUGGGGUUGCUUCAGAUCUUCAGUAGCUGCACUCCUGAGAGCAACUAUUUGAAGAUGUGUUUUCUGAGGAAAAGAGGCUAUACCUGUUUAUUAAAAGCAUUUGCACUGCAUUCGUUUAUCAGAUGCUCAGUGCAAAGUGUAGUUGGAUCGUGGUCAAAAAAUGCUUGCAACAUCUAAUUAGUGCUCAGGAUAGUUACUCGAAAGUCCUUGACUGGCUGAAGUCUGUUAACAGUUUAAGAACUCUAUAGUUAACCAUUAACAUGCUAGUUAACCUAGUGGAAGUUUUGGAAGAGUUUUUUUAAAAUACAUACCUUACCUUUGCCAGGAAGAAAAGUAAAAUUCUUCAAGUUGUGGGGUGUUUGUUUCUACUCCAGCCUGGCUGGCAAGGCUAAAACCUGAGAAUAUAGAUAUAUGAGACAUCUUGAUAUGUAAGGCACUUAAUAGUAAAGACAUAAAAGUAAAACUAUGCUAAAUGUGUGUAGAGAGAUUGAGAUGUUUGAUAUAUGGGACAGUUCACAUCUUACAUACAUCAGAGAAUUUAUUCCAGAAAGGAACCUCUUGAAUGUGAUAAAUACAGCAAAGCCUUUAAUCACAUUUCACCCCUUAGCAUCAGAAAGCUUACACUGUAAAUAAACUUUAUUAAUAUUAUAUGUGAGGAAAACUUUCAUGUAUAGCUUUCAUUGCUUUGGACAGAAAAUGAAUUCCGUCAGGAUGUUCCAAUCAUGUGAUGAAUUUGAGAAACCGUGCAGAGGGAGCUCAGUCUUAACUCCAGAGGAUCUAAUGAAGAAAAAAAUGUGGGGAAAUGCUAAAGAAAUAGCAAAAUGUACAACUUCUUAACAAAAAUUGUUAAUGUUGGGUACUUCUAUAUAUUUUGUAUGAUCAUAAUGUUAGUGUGUGUUUUGUACCUCCAACUCCUGUUGUUGUUCUGUAUAUUACCUGUAAGCAGAUGAUGUAUUUUAUUUUAAUCUAUGUGACAGAACACGUCACUCCAAAAGAGCAAAGUUUUGGAGCGAAUAGUGAAGAAAGUGAUGUGGUUAUAGCAAAAAGUCAGUGCACAGAACUGAGGAGGGGAAAAAUGAAGGGAAAAGCUUCAUAGUUUGGUGUUUAUCCAGUCAAGAGUAAAGAUUGGUAAAUUUGCAAGGAGAAACAGGUUAAUGGGGCACUCAAAUGGAACAACUGUAAACAUCUGCAGCUUGAGAGUUUUCUCUUCAAAACUGGGAAGUUGACCUCUGAGCAGCUGGGUCACCAUUGCAGGCAAAGGGAAUGAUCCUCUCGGCAGUGGGGGAGGAGGGUCUUCUCCGAGAGUUGAGAGGAGGGAAUGUGCUGGAAUGGCCAGGGGGACCAUGUAAGCUGAUCGGGCUCUAAACCAUAGUCCUGCUUCCCCACUAACUCUUAAAUCUUUCUGCUUAGGAAAUUUGGAACAGGGAAACACCAAGGUGGGCUUUCCCACCUUGAAAGAGGCACAGAUGCAUCCAGCUGUGGUGUUGCAGUAAGUUUGUCUGAUAAGGCUUGAGAAGCAUUUUGCAAUAUUCCCUUUGGCCAUGCUUCCUAUGUACCUUCCCUGUUCCCACUCUUCCCCUGGUUUGUGAUUAUUAGGAGAGAGGGGUUAUGAAGUGUCAUAGCUGUGAAAGUUUUUUUUUUUUUUUUUAAUUUUUAUCCUAGAGUUGGUCACCAUUAUUCCAGGUAGUCAUGCUGAUCUAUUUAUCCAAAGCCAGCUAACCAGGUUCAUCCUGCCAUCCUCAUGGAAGACUCUGUGUAUGAAUUGGAGUUAACAGUAUUGAAAUGCAGUCAAACAGUGACAGCAAUACUUGCCAGAGGAGCCAUAUUUUUGUGUGUCCCACUCUGAGCAACUUCUCAGAAACAUUUAUGAGGGGGCUGGGGUUUCCCAUCUGGGAAAUCAAAUGAAGAUCUGCAGAUUUUUAAGUGAAAUAUAGAAUCAGAGAAAAGAAAAUUAAGUGUAUACUACUUAAUUAUACAAUAGAUCAUUUCAUAGAAAUUAGGGUAGAUUUUUAUUUCAACUACUACUGGAGAAUUUAAUAAAAUGCAUUAUUGUUUGAAAAGUUUUCCUAAUGUAGAUUUAGGUUUCAUUUUUAGAAUGGACACACUACUGUACAUUUAAAAGCAGUUACUUAUUUUGCUAUUCAGAUUAAUUUUUUAUUAUAUCUGAAGAUGAAAUUAUCUGUUUUACUUUUCAAAGCUUUGUGAAACAAACUUGAAGUCAUAGGGAGGUAAGCCAUCUCCAAUUCUGCAGGUCAAACAAAAGUUUGGGAAAUACUUUUGACAUCCCAUAAUACAGAAUGUCUUAACAUGAGAACAUAAUUUUAUAUUGUCUGGUUCUGUUUAAUAGUGGACACCACCAAUCUCAUAUUUUUCUGUUAUCCUAAAACAAUGAAAGGGAAACAGUGGGCGUUACAUAGACUCCUAACCAUGGUCUGCUGUGAUUUUAAUCUUUGAGACUCUCACCUCCAUUUACUAAAGAAUCAUGACUCACUUCAAAUUACUCAGUAAUCAGCAAAGUUAAUUGGUCAUUAAAGUUAAAUUUUCUCCCUUCAGCAAGCACUCAUUAAGCAGUGAUGCUGAGUAUUUUAAGAUAUAAAGAAUGAGAUCUGUGAUUGAUUAAAAGGUGGUAUUAAAACGUGGAUUUUAUUCCAGUUUCAGGUUUGGGUUUUAAGUUCCUUUGGUCCUAAAACCAAAGGGACCAGGCAGCUGCAACCACCCUGAGUCGCUAUUAUUUAAUCUCCUGACAAGGUUAGGUGCAUUAGGAAGGACAAGCGGGAAGAGGAGCUAAAGUAGCCCCUCUGGGCUGAGGAGGGAGGUAGGGGAGACUGUUGGGGGUGUGUUGGGGUUAGUGCUCACUUGCCUUCCCCUCACCUCAACCAGGGAACAGCAUCCAGCUGCUUUUUAAAGUUUUUAGUCUGCCCUAGCAAGGACAAAGCAUGUUAGAUGUAGAGAUGCUUCUGCUGGUAGCAGGGGUUAUUUGAAAACAUAUAUGAGGGGGGUGGGAUGGGAGGAAGCAGAUUGUGAUUAUGCAGGAAAAUCAUGUCCUAAAAAUACAUGAGUUUAGGGGUAAGGGGUGGGAUAUUCAAGCAAAAUCAGUAAUUAUUUUAAAAUGAGCAUAUGUAUUUUUAUUAACUUUUAGUUAAAUAUAGAUUAUUACAACCAGGUCAACAUAAACCUAAAUCUAUAUAGAGAGCUAACUCAGGCAUUGUCUCGUUUAUUUGUAGACUGGAUAAAACAACCUGUCUUGUUUUGUCAGUUCCCGACUUCUUUGUUUAGAAUAAAGUAGACCAAAAGAAGAAACUUAACUUUGUAUACCCACAGAAUUAAGUUAUUGCUGUUAACUAGAUUUUUUCAUUUUGCCAGGCUCUGAAGAGUCCAGGUGCUUGGUAGAUGUUCAGUAAGUGCUUUUUAAAUUGAAUUUGUUUGUUUAAAAUCCUCAUUAACAUUUCUAGAAAGGCUUCUUUCGAUAAAUAAUGGAAUCUUAGAGGAAAAGUGGUUUUUUUAAAAGCUAGGGAACUCCUCCAUUGAAAAUAAUAAUUUGAAACUUUGAGGUCUAAAAUGUCAAUCAUAAGAGAAAUGGCAGCAAAAUAAAAUUUAUGCGUAUUUAUAGUCAAUGGUCCAUUUUAGGAGGCCAGUGGUGUCUGACAAAUGUUAGAGUAGUGAGGCUGGGGAGGAAAUUGGGGAUUUGUAAUGAAUAUUCUCUUUAUGUUGUUUCUCUUCUGGGUCAUGGUAAAACAAUAAAUUAUCUCUCUAGGUGGCAA